GUAAAUCCCAUCUCAUUUUCUUUAUAUUCUUUCUGGCUUUCUCCGCGUCUUCCGCUUUUUGUGUGGGUCCGCUCUCUUUGCUUCCUAGCCUCGCGAAAGAGAGCAUUUGGGUUUUCAUUCUUUUACCUGUCUACAGGGAUUUACGUGCAGAGCACGCGAGGAAAAGGAGUGAUAUAUACGUCAUGGCAGCGCCGUAUUCAUCACGUGCGUCCGCCGCGAUGCCGAAUGAGACAGAGGCGCACAGCGCACGUAGCGACCUUAAUGUGCACACUUACCAAUUUCUAAAUGAUGUGUGGGAGAACGCGCUGCGCCACGCGGAGGCAUCGAUAUACACGCAAACAGCAGCAGAGGAUGUGCCGAGUGAGUACAACUACAACAGGGCAGCUGACCCAUCAUCAGCGCCUGCACCAGCUGCACCGUCCGACACAGCGCUGCCCAUGCCGUUAGUGGACGCUACGCGUAUGUCACCCGUUUCUCGAACGAAAGGGAAGGCGAUGGUCGCCUCGCCGCUGCCGCGCGAGCCUGCGCUUGUCAAUCGUGCCAGUCCAGCGUCACCGGUGUCCGCCUCGAUGUUACGGCAGCCGCAGCGGCCACCUGUUCUGCGCCGACCUCCGACGAACACGCGCAACUCCUGGAUGAAGGUGGAGCCGCAGCCGAACCUGAAGCGUAACGGAUACACCUCCCACAGGGGCGUUGCGUGGGUUGUGCAGUGA